UAUAAUUAUUCUUCUACGAAUCAUCCACUUAAAGAUCGAUUCUGACUUCGCAUAACCUCCUGUGUGUAUCAAUUAAAUCUUCCUAAAUGUAAAAAUGACUGGAUUCAGAAUUUAAAGCUCGCCACGUGACCAAGGCUCCAACCCAAUGAGAUAACGGAAAUGAAGUAAUGACGAACGCCUCUUUCUUUGGAUAUCAGCAUGUGACUUAUGAAAAGGGAAUAUCAAAAAGGUGUUUAUGCAAAGUCAGAUCUGAGGUCCAUUUACACGAGUCUCGUCUAUCUGAGAAAAGUCAACAAGUGUUUACAGGGCAUUCAAAGUCGGUACGAUCAACGGCUAGAAUGGACAAUCAUUUACUAAGAUGUUGCCUUUUAGUUUUCACAGGACUUUUAGUAGAGGCCAUUACAACGGGAAAAUUUAUGAUUAACAACUGUAAUACAAAGCGAGAGAUAUUUGUAAAGGACAGUAUUAUAUUCAAACUAACAAACCAGCCUCUGUCCGACAGACCCUCCCAACAGCUGCACUGUACGUCCAAUCUCGUCACGGAACCCGAUAAACGGCUUCUGAUUCAUUUUACAUCACUCAGCAUCAGCAUGGAAAACGAUACACCGGAUAAUUUGCAUAUUUAUGACUUUGACUCAAAGGGACAUGCUCAGAUGGUAACUCCAGCUAGUGGCCUCUUUGGAAUUUAUGAUAAAUUUUACAAACGCACGAGUAUUGGCGUUGGGGACUACAUUUCUUCAAAAAAUCGUUUCCGGUUGACAUAUGUUGGUUCUCCAACACUUACAUACAGUGGAUUUGACAUCCUGAUCACAUCUGUUAAAGAUGUCCAGAGAGAUGGGUCAUGUCCACGCCUGUAUGGAAGGUGUAUCGGUAGGAACGUAUGUGUUCAUUACUCAGUUUGGUGUGACGGAGAGGAGAACUGUGGCGAAGGAGACCUCAGUGACGAGGAGGCCUGUGAUGACGUCAUCACCGAUGACUGGAAGUACACGUACUAUACAACGAUGGCAGUUGUGUCGGCGAUCAUUGCCAUCGUGAUGUUUAUAACAACAAUAGGAGUGGUUAUUUGUCUGCUGAGGAGGUACAACCGCAGGAACAGCAUGAGAAAUAUGAGCAUCACAGUGAGUGCAAAGAAGCAGGGAGACAAGUGGACCAUAACGAAUGACCUCGGUCUGUCCUUGGGUGUGGCCCCGCCUCUCUAUGACGACAUUGUUCUACAGCGACAGGAGGAGCCCCCUCCAUCAUACGAUACGCUGCGUUUCAAACAAGCGGCAAACACUCCUCCCGAGGAGCAAAAUGUGACCACGAAUGAGUGCAUAACCGUUGCUUGUAUCGAAACACUCAAUCCUGUAGGGGGAUUUACGGAUGAUGUGUUAUGUCUUCAAGAUAAUAGCCAUGAUGAAUUUUCUCUCGCUCAAACGGAGAAAGUAGAAAAGGAGGUGCAAAACAAUAAUAGUAAAUCUAACGAGAGUUUAAAGAAUCCUACUUCAGAGGGAUAUUUACUUUCUUCAUGCAAAAAUGUAAAUAAAAGUGAACAACUUCCGGUUGAUCAAGAUGACAGUUAUGCAAGUGAAAAUGACGAUGAGAUCGAGACAAAAAAGAAUGUAGCUACAGAAGUAAAUAUUUGUUCGGCACCUUCCCAGUGUAGUGUGGAAACUGGUUUUGUUUCCAUGGAAUCCAAUUCUCCAAGGGACAGUGGUAGCGAAGAUUCCCCGCGCCAUGACGUGAUAGCUAACCAACUCCACCAGGACGUUAACUUGGAUACAGAAGGGAUACCACUCCUAAUGCAAUGCAAAAAACAAGGCACAACUGAACGCAUUCAGUUCAUUGAUGAACUAAGUGAAGAUUCAAACAUAAUCAACUGAAUAAAACAUAUGUAUAGCAAAAAUUUAUCUGAACCAUGUCAUGUUCAUUGGCAUUAUCAAUGAUUAAGUUCUUCGAAGUGCAAUAGUAGUCUGGUAUUGUCAGUAAUAAUAGUAUUCCUGAUGUGUAUUGUGAAAACGUUCCUAUCAGUGCAGUGUGUCUGGUACAUAUAAUAUAAAUUAGUUCCUGCCAAUAAAGUGUGCCUGGUACAUGUAUUAUCAAUAAGAAAAAGCUGUCAA